AUGAAUAAUAAUAUAUCUCUAUCUUCAUCUUCAUCUUCAUCUUUAUCAUUUUCUACUUUAUUUAAUCAAAUAAUUAAAAACAAAUAUUUAUUUAAAUUGAUAUUAAGAAAUGUAAAGAGGAAUAGAUUAGAUAGUAGUAGUAGUAGUAAUAGUCUAUAUAGAUUGAAUGGUGAAAGAAUAAGAUAUGAUGAAUGGUUUGAUGUGGCAGCAAUGUGUAGGAAUGGGUAUUUGGCACUACUAAAAGACAAGAUUGUUACAAAUCAAUGGUUGUAUUAUGACGUUGACGAGGUAAAGGGUGACUGUAUACAUGUGGUGUGUCGGUACGUGUCUGAUCCAUCGACCUUUUAUCGUAUAUAUGGAUUGUAUCGUGACAAAGACAAUUAUCAAGGGACACUCGAGAUUGUCAGGUUUCUUCAUCAACGACGACACUCUUUUACGUUGGAUUUCCCAACAUCACACGUUCAACAUUUAUUGGCUGCCAUUUCAAGUGGCAACGUACCAUUGAUACAAUAUCUAUUUCAAUGGAAUCGAGUUGAAAAACAAGUAGAACAGUACGAGUUGGUUGACCUAUUUGACUUUGUAUUUUCUGCCCUCAAUGCACCAACACUUGACACUCUUGUCAUGAUUCAUUCAACUAGAAUUUCUCCUCCAAAUUCAUUUCCUCAUAACAACAAUGACACUUCUUCUUCAUCUUCUUCAUCUUCUUCAUCCUCUUCAAACCAAGAUCGUUUAAAUAUAAACUAUAAUAAUAUAGAAUUAAAAGAAAUAUUUAAUAUAAUAAUGUCAGAAUCAAUGAUAAAUGAUACAAAAGGUCAAUUAAAUGUACUUUUAAUAUUGUUUAGAUUAAAAACAAUUGAUAUUCAAAUUAAAAGUGGAUUUUUGGAUAUCAAAAUACAAUUACCAUCAUCAUUGUCAAUGUAUAGUACAGACGAUUCAAAUUCCUUGUCAUUUAUUAUUUAUGAUAAAGUAAAAAAUGAUAAAAUAUUAUUAAAUAGAUUAAUUCUAUUUAGAAUCAUUUAUAAAUUAUAUAAUGCAAAUAUGGUAGAAUUGGAGAUAUUAAAGAAUUGGGUCAUUGUAUUAUUAAAAUAUCAUGGAGACAAUCCAUAUAUUGUACCAAUCAUUAUAGACUAUUAUACAAAUGAUUUGGAAUGUACAAAGUUGAUGAUAAGAUAUGGUAGUUUUGAAAUGGUUCAAUUUCAUGACAAAUAUAUGGAUUCUCAAAAUACAUUUAGAUUACCAAGAACUGGUGCAUUAAUUGAAGAACUUUCUUUGGAAUUAUUUAAAAGAGAUAAUCCUUUUAUUUCAGAGUAUAUAAACCAAACUAGAUUAGGAUUAUCAGAGGGAAUUAAAAAUAAUAUUUCUGGUGGAGUUAAAUUAUUACCAUCAAAAUUACAACAAAUAUUGGUAGCAAUUGAUGGAAAUGAAAAACUCAAGAGUAUCUAUUGGUCUACAAAUAAUAAGUCUCAUAGGAUUAUAGAAAUGUUUCAUCUUUUCAAAAAUCAUCAAUUAAUUGGUCAUAGAAAUGAAAGUAUUGGAUUUCAUCCAAGUGAAUCAUUAAUGAAUGAUUUGGUGGAAUUUUAUCAAUCUCUAGAUGACAGUAGUAAAGAGCAAGAAAGAAAUCAUUUAUUCUUUUGGUUUCUCCAACGUAUACCUCAAUGGAGCUUAGACUUUGCUAUAGAGUUUUUUAAACGUAUUGGUGUCAUUGAUAGUAUACUAUCGAUUUUUGAACUUUUAAAACCAAAUCAAGAUGAAUAUGACAUUUACAGUAAACAAUACGCCAUUAAAUAUGGUCGUUCAACAGAAGAAGUUUUAUCAUCAAACCCGCAUAUUUCUCUAGUCCUACACUCUAUCAGUAGUCUCAACAAUGUACUUCCACAUAUCAAAACCAUGGAACAUUUUAAAUUCUGUCGUCUAACUCUUGUCAAGAGUUGGAGUCAUCAUUAUGCCUAUGUAGUACACCUAAUUAAAAUGUAUCUAAAACGUUACAACAAUUAUAAUCAAAAUGCCAAUAGUAUAAUAUUAUCAAAUUAUUUAUUUGAUAAUUAUUUUGAAAUAAAAGAUAAAAAAGAAAUCUAA